GGGUACUGGACUAAUCCAAAUAUGCGGGAUUUUAGCUUGGAAAACUAAAUAAGGUGUCCAGAUUGGCUAUCUAGCCAUAGAAUGGAGUACGAAUUCAGAUAAUAUGUACCAUGUUUAUCUACUGAUUGGUUACAUUUUCAUGAAUUACGUUAUUGAAUCAAAUUACCAGACCAUAAACAGAGUAUGCGCAAAGCUAUGGCGCUUUACGGUACAGCCAUACCAGCAGAAAGGGAGAGUUCGAUGUGCAUGCAACUUCCCAUUGAAAAGCUAGCUAGCAGUUAAUAACACAUAUUAGAAUGCCCCCUCCAUGAAAAUGAUUUCAGACACAUCCUGCAAAUAAUAAUCUACCUCGUGCACAGUGUGAAGUCGCUUUUGCACUGUCUCUAACAAUAACAUUGUGAAACAGUGCAUCCUAGCUAGCUAGCGUUAGCGGCAAAGCCAAAGGAAACUCCCCCGAGAAGAACAGCGCGCAACAAAAACAUGGCGGAGUCAGAGGAGGCUAAACAAAAAUCUCAGCAUGAACUCCGGCUGUCCAAGGCUUUUGAUGAGGCGGUGAAGCUCUCAGCCCCCAUGGCUGGUGAGUCCCAGAGGCAGCACACUCCCCUCUCAACCAGAUCUCUCUGGAGCAGCAUCACAACCGGACCAGUCUUUGAUGCACCAGAACCAGUCGGACGGCCUGACGUCAACCAUGAUUUUAGCAGUGAUGAUGAGGGGCAUGUAUUCCCUCACAUCUCUCACCCUACCAGUGCCACCUUCUCCCUGGCUGGUCUGGGGGUGGUCGAGCAAGAAGACGAGCUGGAUGGGGUUCCUGUGUUUGGGGUAGAUGAGGAGGAGGAGGAGGAGGAGUGGAACAUAGCCCUGCCCAAGAUGGCAUUGGGUGAUGUGGAGUCUGACAGAGAGUCAGCCGGACGACCUGACACACAACAUGCAGAGACUCAGGAUGAUGAUCAAAAUGCGACUGACAGAUUUCUUGAUGCAGUUUCACUUUCCAAAGUUAGAACAACUUCUGAGGAGGCUAGUCAAACUGCUGAGUACAGACUAACCAUACAAGGAGAAAGUCAUCUUUCAACUAACCACUCUCUGUCCUCUUUACCAGAGAACAGCUUGGAUGAAGGAAGUCUGAAUCGGUCUACGGCUGGGGGAUCCAGCCGUCAAGAGAGGUCAGAGAAUGUGUUCCAGAACCCAGCGAUGGGGGACAGAGAAGAGCCCCCCAUCUCUCCCCUCAUGAACAUCAAGGAUGAGCCCAUAGAUGAAGGAUAUGACUGUGCCCUUUUACCCUCAACACGGAAUAUCAAGGAGGAACUGGACAACACAACUCCUGAGGAGGAGCUGAGAAUCAGUUCUGUCUUUUCCGUUGGAGGAGGAAACUCCUAUGGCUCUUCCACUGGCUCUAUGGCAGCCUCCCAGAACACCACCUCCAUAUUUGGACCAGGAAGAAGUGUCGUUCCGCAGGGGCCAACAAUGACCCACAGGAGCCUGGCUCCAGUGCCCCAGCCACCCCAGCCCCAACCCCAGGCCCCCAGCAGCUCCAACCCAGCCAACGCAGUGCGUGUGUCCUGCUCAGGCUGCUCUAAGAUCCUGCUGCACGGUCAGACUGCCUUCCCUCCUUCAGGCUCUAUGGCAGCCUCCCAGAACACCACCUCCAUAUUUGGACCAGGAAGAAGUGUCGUUCCACAGGGGCCAACAAUGACCCUCAGGAGCCUGGCUCCAGUGCCCCAGCCACCCCAGCCCCAACCCCAGGCCCCCAGCAGCUCCAACCCAGCCAACGCAGUGCGUGUGUCCUGCUCAGGCUGCUCUAAGAUCCUGCUGCGCGGUCAGACUGCCUUCCAACGGAAAGGAUCCACCCAGCUCUUCUGCUCCACCGUCUGUCUCACUGGGUUCACCCUGCCUGCCAUCAAACUGAGAACCUGUUACCAGUGCCUCAAGGAGAUCGAGGACCCCAAAGAUGUGAUCAGUGUCAUUACAGACAAUAACCUGAACGAUUUCUGUAGCCAGUUCUGCCUCUCCGUGUUCAACCGCAGGAGGAAACCAGGGCCUCUCUCCAAGCCUUCUGUCCAAGAGCCUGCCACCCUGAGGUGCAGUAUGUGCAAGAAAAGCGACACGAUUCAGCACGAGGUGACUCACCAGGGCUCCUUGCACAAACUGUGCAGUGAUGAGUGCUUCAUGCACUUCCGCUCCUCCCACAACCUGGUCAUAAACGUCUGUGAGAGCUGUGGCGAAUACUGCGCCAGUGCUGACAGGAACUGCCGGAGACUUCGAGUAGAGGGCGUCACCAUAAAGUUCUGUAGUCCUACCUGCAUUAGUACUUAUAAGCAGACAACCACCAAGGUGAUGCCGUGCGGACGCUGCCGUGACCUGAGGCUCAUGUCUGACAUGUUGGAGAGCACCGACUCGGAGGGCAAGGUGGAACUCUUCUGCAACUCCAUCUGUGUCAAUAAAAGCUGGCCUCAGAACGAACUGUCAGGAACGGCAUUCCCAUGUACCUACUGCAAAGUGAAGGCUGUCUCUCAGUACCACCUGGCCAUGGUGGACGGCACCAUCCGCAACUUCUGCUCCUACACCUGUGUCAAGACCUUCCGGGAGGCCGAAGGCAGCCAGCCUCCCCCCCAGCAGGGCCAGAUGAACGGCUCCUCGUCCACUGGUCCUCCCCCUCCAGCACCACCCCAGGGCUAUUUCCGUCCUUAUCCCCCGUCCUGGGUCCCCACUACUGGCCACCCAUACGCUCCAGCCCAGACCUCUGCUCCACCUCUACCCUAUGGAGCCGCCCCAGACAUGGCUAGGGCAUAUGGAGCAGGGCAGCAUCAACCAGGGCUGCCCAUGAUCCCCCCCUCCUCUACCUCCACCCCCAAGGGGCAUGUGAAACUCUCCUGCCAUCAGUGCCCUCAGCAGUUCCGCUGGAAACCUGAGCUCUACGAGUACAAUGGUCGCACCAUGCAGUUCUGUUCCAAACCUUGCUGUGUUGAGUUUAAGAAACAGCGUAAUGUCAUAGUGAGGUGUGAAUACUGCAAACUGGAGAAGUUGGUCAAAGAAGUCAUAAAAUAUGACUUCAUCGAUCGGCCCUUCUGCAGCGAGAGCUGUAAUCUGCUCUUCAAGCACGACAUGAAGGGGCCAUGGCGGAUGUGUGCCUACUGUGCCAACAUCAGCCCCAAUAUGAUCCACAACCACUUUGGUGGCAAGAUGCAGGAGUUCUGCAGUGAGGCGUGCAUGUCAAAUUACACUGUUCUUUUCUAUGAGAUGGCUAAGUGUGAGUGCUGCAGACGUCAAGGGAAGAUGAAAGAGCAACUGAAGUGUUUUGGGGCUGUGAAGCUGUUCUGUACCUUGGAGUGUGUCAUUCAGUACUGCUAUCAGACCUUCCAACAGCACCCUUGGACUAGCAAUGGCACCACUGCUACACAGGGUCCAUCCCAAACUCCAUUCCCCUUCUCCAAGCCAGCUCCUGUCAUUGCUGAUGUUGUAUCGUUGGCCACCUCUCCUGCUGACCAGCCCCAUACUACGGCUGCCACUGCCUUGACUGGAGCUCUUCCGACGUCUAACUCUCAUGGCAAGAGCCUGGGCGAUGCGAGCACCCAGACGGAAGCCAUGAGGAUCUCAGCCCGCCGGAGGAUCAUGAAGAACAAGGCCAUCAUCUGUAAACCCCUCAUGCUGGACCAGCAGACCAGCUGCCAGAUUCAGACGCAGACCACAGAGAAAUCCAUGACAUUAACGGGGUUCGCAGAGACUGGGUUCACGUACACAGAGAACGGGGAGAAAGUGCGGGUGAUUGUGAUGCCUGUUCCUGUGCCAGUCUUCAUCCCAGUGCCUAUGAGCUUGUACAGCCAGUACACUCCUGUGCCCAUGGGUAUCCCUGUGCCUGUGCCAGUGCCCAUGGUAAUACCUCCCUCGUUAAGCCGUUCAGAGCUCAAGGACAGAAAAGACAAUGUUCCAUCUCAGACCAUGGCCGAGGAGGAGGAGAAAGACAAACCUGUCUCCCAUGGAGAUCAAGGCAGCGCCUACAGUGGGGACCUGGAGUCGGAGGCCGUGUCCACCCCCCACAGCUGGGGUGGAGAGGACGAGUCCACCUCCACAUCCAACCCCCAGAGAGGGGCAGAGAAGCCUUCAGAGCACCCCAGCACAGCUCCCUCCUCCCCUCAACUUUUGGACCUGGAGGCUGACUACCCCCCUGAUUUGUUUGAUCCUGCUGCAGUGAAGGGGCAGAGACUGACUGUAAAGAUUAGAAGACGUAAGAGACCCAGAGAUGGCUUCCCUCCCAAUAAACGGAGUUGUAAGCGAAGUGGGACUAUUGACAUGGUGGAGCACACUGUUUCACUCCCUCCUGCCAGAUCAAAACUCCAUCACAAGUACGGGGUGAAAGCCUGGAAGAAUUGGGUCCUGCAGAGGAACAAACAGAUUGACUGUGAAUUUUCCAAAGAUGCCUCAGCUAAAUCUAUGGUUGUGAAGGAGAACGUGUUGCAGUGUAACUCCUCUGAGCUUAGUUACGGCCUCUGUCAUUUCAUCAGUGAGGUCCGUCGCCCCAACGGCCAGGCCUACCCUGCUGACAGCAUCUUCUACCUUUGUCUGGGCAUACAGCAGUAUCUAUUUGAGAAUGGAAGGCUAGAGAAUAUCUUCACUGAUAUGCUCUAUCAUAAGUUCAGCAUGGAGAUUACUAUGAUGCUACAUUACUGGAGUCCUACCCUGCUGCCCAGCGGCUACCUGCAUUCCCGUGUGGAGGAGGAGUACCUGUGGGACUGUAAACAGCUGGGAGCCUACUCCCCCAUCGUGCUGCUCAACACCUUGCUCUUCUUUGGCACCAAGCUGUUCCAGUUCAAGACCAUGGGCCAACACAGACGUCUGUCCUUCACCAACUUCACCCGCUGUACCAGGGUCACCAAGAACGGCAAGAGCUCCUUCCUGAGGUUUAGGCCUGGUCAGGAUGUGUCAGACACCCCCGAUCUGCUAGCUUUGCCUGCCAAGAGAAGGCUGGAUGAAGAGGAAGGUGACAUGGAGAUGCCUGAGAAUACUGAGAACCCACUACGCUGCCCUGUCAGACUCUACGAGUUCUACCUCUCCAAAUGCUCAGAGUCGGUGAAGAAUAGACCACACCUGUUCUACUUGCAGCCAGAGCUCUCCUGUCACUCAAAUAGCCUGCUGUGGUAUUCUCCCCAGCAACUAGAAGGCCCUGCGCUGGAAAGCAUGCUCACACGUAUCCUGGCAGUACGGGAGGUCCACCUGGAUGAGCUUCCACUGCAUAAUCACUAUACUGAAGCCUCCACAGAUGAUGACGAUGACCAUUUGUAGUGGGAAUAACCUACUCAUGGAAUGGCACACUAUUCCCCAUAUAGUGCAGUGCAGUACGUUUCAACAGGGCCCAUAGGGCUCUGGUCAAAAGUAGUGCACUAUAUAGGGGUUAGGGUGCCAUUUCGGACACGGUCAUGGACAUGCCGCAAACAUGCACAAUCAUGUAAAGACAAUAAGAUACUGUCUGACACUUCAUUUAGUUUUCCAUGACAUCUUUGUUCUUAGAUUCUAGUUUUAGAUGAUGAAUGGAAUUAUGGCUCACAAAACAUUAAAACCAUUCAUGUUACAUUUGUUUCUGUUUGUUUUUCUAGUUUGUUAAUAUAGCUGAAAAUGUUGUUACUUUCUACCAAUCUGCCUUAUUCUGAGGGCCCACACAACUAAUUCCAUAGUCUUGACCAUCCAAACUACUAACUAAACCGAGGUGAUCACAUAAUGUUGUACAUAGUUUUGUUGUUUUAGUUUUUUGUAUGAAUCCCUCUGUUGUGGACUUGAAUAAGCAACAUUUUGCAAAGGACAUUUCUGUCUGCUCUGCUGUCUGUUGUCUGAAGUGAUUAAAAGAACUUGACUGAGAAUACAA